UAUAAAUAAUGUGAUUAUUUAGCUUAUCUUAUAUUAAUAUUCUGAAUUCACAACUACAAAACUCUUUUCAGUACUACAUCACAAGGAUAUCCUUUAAAUGAAGGGGGGUCGUCGAGAUGUUGUGAUGACGAGCGGCAUCAACAUUAGUGUUGUUCAAUCACAUAGGAAUACUCGGAUUGUUAUAGCCAUUGUAAUCCUUGUUUCGAUGGGCUGUGUUUUCGCAUUAUUUUAUCCUCAUGGUUUCUUCCAUACGUAUCCUUCUUCAACUGCCAUUACCAAACGCUUCUUUCAAUCUUCUCUGCAGGAUUGUGAACAUAACAAGCAAAUCAAAACAAUGAAGUCCGAUGCUGUUGGGUCGAAAUAUGUCGAAUUAAGGGAACAAAUCAAGGAGCUAAAGAAGAAAUUAAGGUUAGUCGAACAACCUAAUGCUGGGCCUUUUGGUUCGGUCAAGGGUUUAAAGACGAAUCCAACUGUCGUACCAGAUGAAUCUGUGAACCCCAAACUAGCAAAGAUACUAAAAAGAGUUGCUGUGAAGAAAGAGCUUAUUGUUGUGUUAGCAAAUUCUAAUGUGAAGGACAUGUUAAAUUUGCAAGUAUCAAGCAUCAAGAAAGUAGGAAUAGCCAAUUAUUUGGUUGUGUGUUUGGAUGACAAAAUUGAGAGAUAUUGUAAAUCUAAUGGUGUGGCGGUCUAUAAACGAGGCCCUGAUGUUCAAAUCGAUGCAAUUGGAAAGACAGAAGAUAGCCGUGCUGUUUCUGGAUUAAAGUUUCGAAUUCUAAGAGAGUUCUUGCAGCUUGGUUAUAGUGUUCUCUUAUCGGAUGUUGAUAUAAUAUAUUUGCAAAACCCAUUUGAUCAUCUUUAUCGGGAUUCAGAUAUAGAAUCAAUGACCGAUGGUCAUGAUAAUAAGACUGCUUAUGGUUAUGCAGACAUCUUCGAUGAUACAACAAUGGGUUGGUCUCGAUAUGUUCAUACAACAAGGAUUUGGGUAUAUAAUUCGGGUUUCUUUUAUAUUAGACCGACAAUUCCUUCCAUUGAGGUUUUAGAUCGUGUUACCGAUAAACUUUCUAAGCAAGGGGGGUGGGAUCAAGCAGUUUUUAAUGAAGUGUUGUUUUACCCUUCUCAUCCAGGCUAUGAAGGGAUUCAUGCUUCGAAGAGGACUAUGGAUUUAUACUCUUUUAUGAAUAGUAGGGUUUUAUUCAAGACUGUAAGGAAAGACCCUAAGUUGAAGAAGUUUAAACCAGUGGUGAUUCAUAUAAACUACCAUCCUGACAAGCUUCCAAGGAUGAAAGCUGUUUAUGAGUUUUAUUUCAAUGAUAAGUGGCAGGCUUUGGACUCUUUUUCUGAUGGUACUGCAAUCUAAAUCAUAUAUGUGAGGAGCAUUAAAUAUAAGUGUAAGUUUUGCUAUCAUUUCAUUUCUUUGUCAAUACUAGAUAAAUAAAAUGUAUGCAUUCUUAUAUGUAAUAAUUUAUUACUCUUUUAAUUGUGUAUCCAUCUCUUUAGUUGCUAAUCUAGGAAAAAAAAUAAAUAAUGUCGAUAAUUUUUAUAAAAAUGUAUUUAAAGUUAUAUAAUACGAAUAAACUAAAUAUUUAAAACAAUAAAUUAGGUGAAGAUCUAUGUUAAUAGCGAAUGAAUUUUACAAAAGAUCUCUAAACUAUGUUGGAUCUCCUAGUAUGGCCGAGGCACUAGUAGCCAAUUAGGCUUGUGAGAUGGCAAAGGAGAAAGGCAGGC